AUGGCGAAGGACAACGGAGGGUCAGUGGGAGCCACAGUGUCGCCGCUGGUGUCUUCUGGGGCCAGCGAAGCCGACAGCGACGUGGUAGUGACAAGCUGGGAGCCCGCCCCCAAGAAGGCGCGACCAGUGGCGAGGCGGCCAGCGAAGCGUCCAGCGAAGCGGCCCUCAGCAGAGGCGGAGGAGCGAUCGACGGUGAGGCGGCCACCGACAGGCGCCGAAGAGCGAGAAGCCGAGGCGAAGCGUCCAGCGAAGCGGCCCUCAGCAGAGGCGGAGGAGCGAUCGACGGUGAGGCGACCACCGACAGACGCCGAAGAGCGAGAAGCCGAGGCGAAGCGGCCAGCGAAGCGGCCCUCAGCAGAAGCGGAGGGGCGACCGACGGUGGGGCGGCCACCGGCAGACUCCGAGGAGCGGGAGGCCGAGGAGAAGCGGGUCGCGGAGUGGCGGCGGCGGAUCGCGCUGGAAGCAGCAAAGGAGGCGCUGCGACAGCGGCGGGUCUGGGAGGACGCGCGGGCGCUGGCGAAGAGGCUGAAGGCCACGCAGGAGGCGGAGCAGGCGGCCGAGGAGGCCAAGGAAAAGGCCCGGCAGGAGGCGGAGGAGCACCACCGGAAGUGUGUGCUGAAAAAGGUGGCGGCCGAAUUGCAAGAGAGCGAGCGGCGGAGGGCAGAAGAAAAGAGCCGCGAGGAAGAGGCAAGGCGGUGCACAGAGGAGGAGGAGGGUCGGUGGCAGUCGUCCCCUCCGACGCCGGGACCCGAGAGCCGAGGCCCGGCCACGGCAGAAGAAGAGUGGCAGGAGCGACUACGUCGGGCGGAAGAGGAGGAGGAGGGCCUGUGGCAGCCUUCCCCUACAACGCCGGAGCCCGAAGACCGUGGCCAGGCCGAGCCGGAGGAGGAGGAGGAGCUGUGGCAGCGACGACCACGGACCGAGGAGGAGGCGGGGUUGCCCGAAGGAGGACGGGGGCCCCAAGCCUCGUCCCAGCAACAGCGGCCGGGAGCGGACGCCUCGUGGCAGCAGCAGCAACACCAGUGGCAGGGACCACAAGGCGCGGUGAUCGGGCCGUACGUAACGCAGGAGGUGCGGACGGCGGUGCGGGGAGGAAUGGUGUGGCACCACCAAAUCCUCCACAUCACCUGGGCAUCGGGGCCGGCACCUAGGGAGCCGGAGGCUCCGGAAGAAGCGCGGGUGUGGGAGGAGACGCCAGCCCGACGGAGCAAUGGCCGCGACCCAAGGGGGCGGUCGGCGGCAGCGGAGCCAACAGCGGAACCGGCAGCGGCGAGCGCGACGACAGAGUCGGCGGCCGCAGCGGAGCCCACUGUGGAACCAGCAACGCCGGGCGCGGCGGCAAAGUCGGCGGCGGCAGCGGAUCCAGCAGAGGAACCAGCAACGCAAAACGCGGCGGCGAAGUCGGCGGCGGCAGCGGAGCCCACGGGGGAACCGAAGGAGGCCACGGCGGCAGCAGAGCCAGCAGCGGAACCAGCAACGCCGGGCGCGGCGACAAAGUCAGCGGCGGCAGCGGAGCCAGCACUGGAACCAGCAACGCAAAACGCGGCGGCGAAAGCCAGCAGCGGAACCAGCAGCGCCAAACGCGACGGCAAAGUCGGCGGCGGCAGCGGAGCCCACGAUGGAACCAGCAGAGGCGACGGCGGCGGCAGAGUCGGCGGCGGCAGAGGAGCCAGCGACGCCAAGCGCGACGGCAGCGGAACCAGCAGCGCCGGGCGCAGCGGCAGAGUCGGCGGCGGCAGAGGCAGCGGAGCCAGCAACGGCGAGCGCAGCGGCAGAGGCGAUGGCGGCAGCGGAGCCAGCGACGGCAAGCGCAGCGACGACGGCAGCGAAGGCGGCAGCGGAGCCAGCCGCGAGCACGGCGGGAGUUUGCUCACCUGA